GCCAGUUUGUACGUAUACCAUUUCGUUUUCGAUUUCCACAUAAGAACAAUGAAGGCGUACAUUUACGACGACAAGCCUGGAGACCAACGUCUCCCUCACGAUACCGGCAUCGACAUCCCCGAACCCACCCUCGCCAAGCUCGGCGUCGUCUACCAGCGUAUACCCAUCGACUCUGAGGGCGCGUGGGAAUCCAAGAUUGACGAAUUUGCAAAGGAGCGAGGAUACAAGAACAGGGACCGGAUUACUGUGACUAGGGAAGGGUUGGGAGAGGCAUAUGAGGAGAAGAUCAAGUCGUUCUUUGACGAGCAUUUGCAUGAAGAUGAGGAGAUUCGAUACAUCCUCGCAGGAUCGGGGUACUUUGAUAUCCGGGGUGCAGAAGGAGUGCAUGAAGAGCAAUGGAUUAGGAUCGCACUCGAAGCUGGUGACUUGAUCGUCCUUCCUGCUGGUAUCUACCACCGUUUUACAGUCGACUCUGCAAACACCAUAACAGCCAUGCGACUCUUCCAAGAUGAACCCAAAUGGACACCGUACUCCCGAAAAGCGGAUGGGACAGACAAGUUGGGGAGUAGGGAUAAGUACCUUGAGACGGUUAGAGUUGGUGUUACUGCUUGAUACUGUAGAUAGAAAGGCAGAAGAGGGAGGAAAAGGGAAGAAGGGAGGACGGGACGAUGGGGGGAAGGCUUCCUUAGAGUUGUUGUAUAUUAGGUUUAGGAUCUGGACGAUGCAGUCUGGUCA